ACUGCCUUUUUUUGUGUGAAAUGCAUUUGUUCUAGGUCUGUUUUUAUAAUGGCCAAAUAAUAAGUAAGGAAUAAAAUAUCUGGGCAUGCUGUAACAAAACAAUACAUUUACAUACAAAUAAUACAACAGCUUUUUUUUAAAAAAGGCUUUUCCUAUUAUUUUUACUCUUGUACAACAUGCUUGUCAAUGAAAAGGGUUUUAUUAUUUAUCUUAAAGAAAUUGCUCACUUAUUCCAAAAAAUAUUUAAUGUAAAUACAAGCUGAAAUUUAACAUGCAAAACGGGUUCCUUUUCAUCACUUCUGUUAAAGCUGCUAUAAACACUCAUAGCCUCAUCAGUCCAUCUUUCUUGACAUUAAAAUGGCCAAAGUCUGCACUGUCAUGUCAUGAACUACUGUUGGAGGGUUUUGUUUUUAUUUAUUUUUUUUAAUUCACUCACUAUAUACUGGUGAAUCCUUCCACACAUUAAACAUCUUGCAGUUGUCUUGCAAUAAAACAACUUUAAUACCUCAACAGUUGUCAAAACAGCAUUUGAAGAAAAAUCUUAUCUUGGACUAUGAUCCAAGCUUAUGAGCUGUCAUCAUAUUUGAAUAAGUGCAUUAAUAUAAUCCUGUGCUUUGCAGUUGGGACUGUCAGAGCUGCUUUUUAUAGAAAUUUAAUCAAUGCCAUCCCACCACUCAAUGGUUUUCCCAUCUUAAUUUAAAACCCCUUUUUACAGUGUACUAUAUUGCAAUAAAUAUACUAAUAUUUGAAUUAACAUUUAAAUUUAAGAUUUAAUUUUUUUUUUUAUAAAGUUUUACUAUAAACACAAUUCCACUAUGAAUUGCAAAUUUCAGUUAAAAACUGAAAGUGGUGCUGAAUUGUGUACUGGCAUCUUUAGCAUUUUCUAUGCAGCCUGUGUUUGGCUCUUAAUGUUGUUUACAAGGGAAAUGAAUCCCUUCACUGAUGAAGGGUACAUACUGUUUCCAGCCAGCUAGGGAAGCAUGCAGUUACCACAGUGAGUUAAGAGCACUGAGAUGUGACUAGAUUACAGAGGCUAUUGAGAGAACACCAUCACCAGUGUACUUAUUGUCAUCUGCCAAGAAUUUGCCAUUAUCCCUUCAGAGCUAUUAAUGCGGGGAGGAUUGCGUCGCUGUGGGUAUGUCAGACUGUAGCGUCAUAGUGAAAACUUUACCUCACCCUUUUGUUGAUGUUUGGGGCAGUGUUUGCCCGGGCAAAACAGGCAGCCACAGUAUAAAAUGAGCAUGUUAUGGAAAAAAGUUUAUACAAGGAGGUGAUCCUACAAAAAGCAUUACAUUAUCUUUCUGCUGUAGAUCUAGCUGUAUUGUAAAAUCUGACUAAUAGAUUUGUCUGAUUUAAAAAAUGUCUCGUCCUUUAUUCAAUCGGAACGCUAGCUGGGAUACUCUCCGGGACUGGCCGAAGUCAAGUAUUUCAGAUUGGUGCAUGGGAGCACCUUUUGUACUUGAACCAGAUGAUGGUAGCUGGUUGAACACAGUCAGGAGAACACUGGAAACCUCUUCUUGGCCUGGAUUUCUAUCAUUUCCUUUGGUAACUUCUGUUUGUCCAGAAGUCUCAUCUUCAUCCAGAGAUGGACAACAAUUUUCACGUGUGAAAUGUGACAAUAAGAUGUGGAGAAUCUCUUUAGAUGUCAGCCAUUUUUGUCCAAAGGAACUUUGUGUCAAAAUAAGCAAGGGCUACUUAGAAAUAACAGGUAAACAUGAGGAAAGACACUAUGACCAUGGGACCAUUUCCAGGAGUUUUACAAGGAAGUACAAGCUGCCUCCAGAAAUUGAUUUGCAAAAGAUGAGCUCUUUGCUUUCUCCAGAAGGGGUUCUCUUGGUUGAGGUACCUGUUGGCAUUUCUUCCAACAGAUGUCCCACAGAAACUGUUAUCCCAAUACAGAUGAAGGAAAAACAUUAGGUUUGUCAAGUAUAUACACGACAUUUACUGCUUGUAAAUGUUUAAUAUUGUAAGUUUCAGUGUGUGAAUUCUAUUUCUUUUACUUUUUUCACCGCCAACAGAGUGCAUUCACUUUUUUUCUUAGGAGUUUUCUUUCAUAAGUAAAUUUUAUCAGAAGUUGUUGAUUUAGCUGUUUCUAUGUAGGUGACAACAAUAACUAUUGUGCAGUUCAGAAUUAUAUACAUUUCCAUGCACUUAUAAAGUUACAGUUAACUCUUCACUCUUACUUGUACAGGACUACUUACAAAAUCAGUAAUUAUUUGUUAUCCUUGUGCCUCUUUAUAUCAGUAACUAUUAAUGCCAACUAUAUAUAUUAAAUAAAAAUUGAUUUGCAGCUUUAUCAUCACAUUAUCAAAAACAUACCUGCUGAUUAUUGUAUAGUGCCUCUUUUAAGCUCCUGCUCUUUGACAUCAGUAAUAUCACCACCACCAUAUUUGUAUUUUGCUGGAGUGAUAACUUUACACAGUUAAGUAUAUACACUUAUUUCCCUAAUUUUCGUCAUGCUGUAUUUGUAACUGGAUGUGUUCAAGCUUAACAUGUCAACCCGCCAUGGUAAAAUUUUCUGUUACUUAAUACAGUUUUCCAAUAUUAAAAUAUGUUUGUGAAAGAGUAUGAGGUCAUUGAACAAUUCAGUACUUUGCUAACUUUAUCUGAAAGUCAACCAUUUGUUAUACAAUCCUGAAGGCACCCUAUACUGAUACUGAUCCUAACAUCUGAUUAACAGCUUUGCAACCACGCGGUCUGGCACAUGGCAAAAUAUUGCAUUGACCAGCAGGGGUCAGGAUAUUACCAAGCUUAAAGCUGGAUCCAAAAAUAACUCCAUAAAUCAAAAAGUGUAGUUAAAUUUUGUCACUUGGCACUUGAGUUGUCUGCCAAGACAUUAUAUUAUGUUUAUUGGGACAUUUGCUUGUUUGAGCACAGUGAGCACUCAAUCUAUGGACUGCAACUAGUUUAAAUAUAAUUCAAGUCACAUUAGACCUACAGUAUAUUAUUACGGUGUAUAUACACCAAGUUAGUGGCCUGUAUGGUACUUUGGUUUACAUAAUAAAAUCGUGAAUGAAUAUGUUUUAUAUGAAAACAAAUUUCAUCAAAUAAUUCAUGCAAAUACUAGCUAUGUAUAGGCCAUACAUAGUUACAUAUUACCUAUAAUCUGACUCAAUGAAAUCAGAUGGAAGUCCUCACCAAACAAAUGCACAGAAAACUUUGAGCAUGACCCUGACCAUACAUUAUUAUUUAUUAACUGAUAAUGGGUCAGUAGCUUUUAACAGCACAAAUCUAAAUGUAAUUCGAGCAUGGCUCUUUAUAUACAAGUUUUUUUUGUUUUUUUUUUUAUUUUAUGAGGACCCUGCCGGCCAUCUGGUUGUUAAACAAAAUGCUUAUGUCAAAAUUUCCACCAUUUUGACGACCAUAUCUGGAUGAUCAGACACAUGGGCUGCAGGGUGUACCUUACACACAUACUGAAUUAUGACUGACAAGCUAUUUUUGUAAAUAUUUUAACUAUCUUUCCACUCCUACCUUGAGGAGCUGAGCACCCGAUGUAUCAACAAAAUGCAAUAGAAUUUGGAGAAUAAAUCAAGUUUUUAGACAACCGAUAAUUUUGUGAAGUAAUGUAAAGUUGUUAAACAUUUUUCAAAAUGACAUCCAAAUUCCACUUAAUUAGCAUCAUGAAACUUCUUUAACAUUAGCUCUAUUCACAAUAGAAAAAAAUAAAUUCUAGAUAUCCUAGAUCUGUUUCAUAUUUCUAAACUAACAUGCCUAAUAUGACUUUUAGUUAACAUAUCAGUUAAUACAUUCCAACUUCCACAAUCAGUGGUAUCUAAAUAUAUCCAUGUCCAUACAUAAGGAGCAGGGCUAUGGCCGGGUACACUAAAAAAAGAACACCCCCACCCCCCCCAAAAAAAAAAAAAACACAAAAAAACAAGUUGGAUGAACAUGAUUUAAUUGAGGGCAGGAUUUCCAUCCAAUAAAUAUGUAUAGCCCCAAAUAAUAAAAAAAACUGAUUCAUGCAAUAAGAUGAAAUUGAGUUGGGCCAACUUAAUUUGAUCAAAUACAGUUUAAAUGAAAUGGAUACAUUUAUAAAGUUACACACUUUAUGCUUAUCAAACUAAAACAUUUAAUUGGAAAAUAUAUUAAGUAGGAAUCCUUCUAAUUUUAUUCCCCCUAUAUAGAGAUAAGAGACAGAACUUGGUUCAGAUGUUUUUAUAUAAAACGCAUAAAAACAUGUAUAAAACAGGUAUACAAUUUGCAAACUGUCAAACAACCAUAAUAUCAGAAAAGGGAGAAAGAAAAAAGUCAAUAUGCUACAUAAGCAUUUGCUGUUUGUUGGUGACUUAUUGUAUUUAAACUAUGAAAGUAUUUAACCAUACAAGCUAGUAAUUGUGACAGUGAAA